UCUCGCGGUCACACUGCUGGAAGUGAACAAGGGAAACGAGAGAACGACGGAACGAGAGAACAAAACAACAGAAUAAGCCAAUAAAAAGCAACGCAACUCAUUGGCCUGGAAUGGCUGGAUUUCUGAAGACACGGAAACGCAGCCGGGAGGACGACCUGCCAUGCGAGUCCACGCCCCUGUCGAAGCGCAUCAACAACCUGCACCUGAACUACGACGACGGGAAUAGCAGCAGCAGUAGCAGCUGCAGCAUCCCGCCCCUUCCAGGAGGAGCUGGUGGCCCCGAGACAGGCCCCCCCGGAACCGGAGUCGCCACCGGGUACGAGUACAACCCGGAGCUGGGCGCCGAGCAGAACCCGUACUACUACGAGAAGAACAAGAUGCUGUACGAUCUGCACAUGGAGCGGACCAAGAGGAGCAGCCAGUAGCCAGGAGUCCGGUACCCCUGGUACUGGUGCAGCCGCCAUUAAAGUGCCAAUCCGAGUUCUCUGCCACAACAACAACUCUAGGUAGUCCUAGUUCUUAGCAUAGUUCUCCUCCGUUCAUCCUAGUGUUGGCACGGAUCCGGAGACGAUGAUCCUCAGCACUUGCAUUUGUGUGAUAAGCAUUAGCAUCGCCUCGGAUGCGGCAAGAAUACUACUAGAAAUCGAGCCAAGACAUCCACAAGCACGCACAUAUAGCCUAAGUCGUAUAGUUGUUAAGCUUGAUUGUUAUCCAAACAAUCGAAGAUACCCCAAAUUAAAUUUUUUUUUUCAAUUUAUCGCCCAAUAGAAGGAAUCGGUAGGAAUGUGAGGCUAAAAUGGAAUUUGGGGUCGUAUUGGGUCAUUUGUUGAGUCGCUGGAGGUGUAAAAUACAAGCUACAGCGACCUGAAAAAAUACAUGCUGUGCUCCUUUCUAAAGACAGUUGUUAAUUUAUAUACCCAUAAACAUAUUUCGCUUAUUUCUCAGCUCUUGAAGAUUGGCCCGUGUUUGUAAAUGCAUAUUAAUAAAUUAUUAAAAAAAAAAAAA